CGUGUUCAAACAGCCAGCAAGGCAGCAGUAAGCAAAUGAAGAAAAUCCCAAGGAAACCUUACAGAUUUCCAUGGCUUUUGCCUUCUCUUUUACCGUAUGAAAAUGGUAAUGGAUGUGUAAUGUAAGCCAUCUAAUCUCAUCACCUACCACUGAUAACUCCAUCCCUUAUUAUCUCUUCCCCACCACUCCACAAGCCCAAAAAAAAAAAAAAAAAAACAAACACCUAUAUUUCUUCCCAAUUUCCAUGUCCAUCAUCUUCUUCUCUCUGCCACAACCAACAUCAACAGGGACAAUUACCUCAACAGCAACAAAACCCUUUUAUUCUUGUCAUUUUUGGCUUUGGGUACACAGAAAGCUCCACCCCAUCUUAGAUUUACACUCACAUUUCCGCCCACUGGAAAAGAAAUCUACUCUUUUUGGGCAUAUAGAUUCACUUUUUUGACAGCUCGGUUGAUUUGGGCUUCUCCGACAUGGGUCGCUUCUGACAUUCGGUUUUUCUAAUCUGAGAUCUGGAUUCUCAGGACUGGUUAUGGUUGAGAGGCCUCAAAGAUCUGGACUUUGAAGGCUGGUCUGGUGAAGUUCACUGUAGAGAGGCUGUGGACGUCUGAAAAACCAAAAAUGGCCAAUGAUCUUAACACAGAACUCUCCAAGAAAACUGACAUUUUUGGUCUGAAGGUUUGGGAACUAAUUGGUAUUUCUGUGGCAUUAUUUAUCAUUAUUAUUCUCUCCUUGUUGUCAUUUUGUUUAACCUCGCGGAAGAAGUCAAGAAGAGAUGGGAAAAAGCUUUCCCAUAGCCAAAUACCAACUGUUUCAAAGGAAAUUAAGGAAGUUCGAGUGGAGCAAGUAUCAGCAAAUGAAUUUGCGCCUCGUGAUGGGAUUCUCCUCACAAUUCAUGAUAAGACCAGUGACAAAGAAUCAGACAAGGUCAUGGUCCAUUUGGGUAUGGGGAAAACAAAUAAUGGAGACAACAGUAGUCAAUCAGGGUCUUUUCAUCACUUAGAGAAAGACUGUGGAUCACAAUCAGGUGAAGAAGGGAGUUCAGGCACAGUAACAGUAUACAAGCCUUCUUCUUCUUCAUCAUAUCAUAUUACUGCUCCUUCUCCUCUAACUGGCCUCCCUGAAUUCUCUCACUUGGGCUGGGGUCAUUGGUUCACUUUGAGGGAUCUUGAGCUGGCAACAAACCGGUUUUCAAAAGAAAAUGUCCUUGGGGAGGGUGGUUAUGGAGUUGUUUAUCAGGGACAUUUGAUCAAUGGCACACCCGUGGCAGUGAAAAAGAUCCUGAAUAACGUGGGACAAGCAGAAAAGGAGUUUAGAGCAGAAGUUGAAGCCAUUGGUCAUGUGCGCCACAAGAAUUUGGUUCGCCUUCUGGGAUAUUGCAUUGAAGGAACUCACAGAAUAUUGGUCUAUGAAUAUGUCAACAAUGGAAAUUUGGAACAAUGGCUUCAUGGAGCUAUGCGUCAGCAUGGAUAUCUUACUUGGGAAGCCCGCAUGAAGGUUCUCCUUGGCACAGCUAAAGCUCUUGCUUAUUUGCACGAGGCCAUUGAGCCAAAAGUGGUGCAUCGAGACAUUAAAUCGAGCAAUAUAUUAAUUGAUGACGACUUUAAUGCCAAGGUUUCUGAUUUUGGCCUUGCCAAGUUGCUUGGAGCUGGCAAAAGCCAUGUCACUACUCGAGUUAUGGGAACUUUCGGAUAUGUGGCUCCUGAAUAUGCAAAUACUGGUCUUCUGAAUGAAAAGAGUGAUGUUUAUAGCUUUGGUGUUUUGCUCCUGGAAGCUAUUACUGGAAGAGAUCCUGUAGACUAUGGUCGUCCUGCCCAUGAGGUAAAUCUUGUUGAUUGGCUGAAACUGAUGGUUGGAAGCAGACGGUCUGAAGAGGUUGUAGAUCCAAACAUUGAGGCAAGGCCAUCGACACGAGCUCUCAAGCGAGCACUCUUGACUGCUUUGAGAUGUGUUGAUCCUGAUUAUGAAAAAAGACCUAAGAUGGGCCAAGUUGUACGGAUGCUUGAAUCCGAAGAGUAUCCAAUUCCAAGAGAGGAUCGCAGACAUCGAAGAACUCAAGGAGAUAGCAUGGAGAUUGAAUCCCAGAAAGAGAACUCCGACACUGAUCACAGUGAGCAUCCAGGUUCUAGAUCAGAGAGCAGGCGGAAGUAAUGAGACAUGGCUGUUUAGUAGGAUGUGAGGGACUUGUGAACUCUGGGAGGAUAAUUCUUACAAUUUUUUUCCAGACUCCAUAAAUUCUUGGGUUGCCUCCAUAUAAGCUGUUUAUAUAUCUAGGACAUGGAACAGGAUAGCAAGAGAUUCCUUUUUCUUUUUUCCCUUUGUUGGUUUUCUUUCCAAUUUUUGUUUCUUCCCCGUUAUUGCUCUUUUUUUUUUCUCUGGUUUUCAUGUAGAUGGAGAAAUGAUUUGUUUGUCUGGGAUUUAUGUUGUAGAACCCAUGUGGGUGUGUGUACAGAAAUGGGUUAGCUUUUUCGA